AUGACACGUCCCAUUGCUGGCUUGGACGAUCGCAAAGACGACAUCAGGAAAUGGAUCCACCAAGAUGGUCUCAAACUAGUCGAAGUCGUCGACAAGCUCAAGACUGAACACAAUGUCAUCUGUCGGAAGCGUACUCUUGAGCGCAACCUAAAGCUCUGGGGUUUCUCCAAACGCGCGAAAGUGGACCAGGCCGCCGUUCAGGAAGAGCUAAUCAACUUGUUCCGAGGUCCUCACCUGACUGAUCGAGCCAUUUGUGCUCGUCUCAACGAAACUGGUCAUGCUAUCAAUGUUCGCACAGUCAUGGAGACGAGGAAGAAGCUGGGCUUGCACAAGCGCAUACGCCCAGAUACAAACGAAGAUGACUUGCUGAAUACCAUCAAAGACCUGCUACAGGUCGAGUACCAAGACGAGAAGGUGUUGAAGAUGCAACGCUCAGAAUUAUACUCGUAUCUGCGUCAAAAGUAUCCUGACCUCAAUAUCGUCGGAAGAGACCGCGUCUUUGCAAUUGCUCGUGACAUGAAUCCAACUCUCAAGCGACGCUAUCCCAAAGGUCACCCCCUCUACCAGAAUCGUCCUUAUAAACUGUCCGGAAAGAGGUUAGCUGCAAAACUUGCCAAAGAUGCUGCCGCAACAGUCCUUAGCACCACCGCAAACCAAUCUCAUGAUGACUCGGUGUCUUUCAAUGAGCCGGAGCAUUCUUCCUCGGUCGACGACCACCAGCCUCUCCAGCCAUACGAGUCACUCCGCUGCAACCCCGCUGCCAUGUCAGAUCAUGAGUCCAGCACUGUACAGAGAUCUCUUGCUGCUCCCGAACAAGUACUGGAUCCCAGCUUACGAGUCAAAUCGCUCGAGGAAGAGAACGAAGACCUGUACCGAAGGCUGAGGAACCAAGAGGCAGAGAUGCAAUAUAUGCGUCAAGCAUACAACGACUUGAGGGCAAGACUCGGUCACUUGCCUCAAUCUUUUGUGCUUCCAACCUAA